AUGCUCUUAUGGGGGCGAUCUCGAAUGUGCUUGUUUGCUCACAUCUUGGUUACCUUGAUUCCCUCUCUCGGGGGCCAUGCUCAAGCUAAGUUUCUAAAAACGGAUCUGAGAUGGCCUGUCUUUCGGAAACCCCAGGCCGACCUCGAAUCAAGCCUCACCGAUCUGCUGGUGUUGAGAGAGCCUGACAACGACCCGGUGUUUGAGAAGGCUAUGCAUAUGAUCGAGAACCUCGCCACCCAAUCGACCUGCCAUCAAGCCGCAGCGGCUCAGUUGCUUGUUACUUGUAAAACUGCCGGCGCGACUAUGAAUCGAGACCAAGGGAAACAUGAACUACUAGAGAGGGCCCAGUCAGUCUACGCUGUCAGAGUAGCUGUCUGUGAGACGGGCGAAGGUCGAGCACCAGUUCCCUCCGCAUGCAAACCAAUCCUCGAAAUCCCUCAGCGGCUUGACCACGAAAUUGACGUAGUCAAUACCAAGACCUUGGCUUCAUGUCUCGAAGCGAUGAUCACGGAACAUUACUACUGGACGAGCUAUAGCAACAACAGACAAGAUGCCCACACUUUGUGUCAGGCCACCACCAUCGAGUCCACCAGGCUGGAAACGCUGCGGUCCUAUGAAAAGCUCGCAAAACUCCUUCCGGAGCUUCGUGCUGCACUUGGUUCAACCCAAUCUCAGUGGCUCGCUUUCCUCAGACAGCAGCAGGAACAGAUGCGGAGUAUGAGCAAUCUUCAGCAGAAAAAUCAAGACGAACGUCAAGCACAGCAUAAAAUCGAGCUGAGUAUUUUGCACGAUGCUAUGAAUAUGGCCAAAGCGGGCUUCCAUGACGUUUUUAAGACGCUGCAGCGACGGAUGGCAACUACAGACGAGGGCGUGACUCAAACCCACGAGGCUCUCAGAGAUGUGUUUGCUGAUUUUGCCAAACUUCGAGAACUGUUGCACGAAGCAAUAGCAAGCACCAGCGAGAAACAUGCUGAAGCAGCUGCCGCCCAAAUGCAGGAGAUGAACAAUGUUCAUGAAAUAGCCCUUGCUACCACAAACGCUCUCAAGGCCAUGCAGGCAGACGGGGUAGUCCAGGGCGUCAACGAGCUGCUCUAUCGGAUAAGGGCCGGACUUGACGAGGUUGCUAAUAUGCAGUCGACACAGUUAGCAAAUACGGAACGUCAUCUGCAACUCAGUGGAAAGUUGUCUGAAGCUCAGGAGGCCAACCUGGAUCUUGGCGAACAGAUCAAACAUUUCUCUGCUUCUCUAGCCUCUGAACUCGAUGCUGCAAGCGCUACUGCCGGGCGAGUGUCCUCUAAGCUUGACAGAGUCAAUCAGGCGUUGACGCGUGUUGAAGCAGCGUCUGCUGUACUCAGCUCACUUUUUGCGGUCAUCACUAUCCCAUGCCAAAUGGCGGAACAUCUUCAUCUAAGAUUACUGGGGCUUUUCUCUAUGCCGGCCUUGCUGUUAUCAUUCUGGAAGCCACGAAAGUAUUCGUACAUACUGCUGGCUUUCUACCGUACUUUUUCCCGUUCUGCGCCCGUCUGA